AGCUCCGCGGGGCCGUCGUCUUUGCGUCGGCGUCUCCUGCGGAGACUCUCGCUGUCCUAGGCCUCGGGUCCCCGACCGGAGCGCGCCCCGCCGAGUCAUGACGACCAAGGCCGUGUGUGUGUUGAAGGGCGAUGGGAAGGUGCAGGGCACCAUCCACUUCGAGCAGAAGAGAAAUGGGCUGGUCGUGGUCUCGGGAACCAUCACAGGAUUGACUGAAGGUGACCAUGGGUUCCACGUCCAUCAGUUCGGGGAUAAUACACAAGGCUGUACCAGUGCAGGUCCUCACUUCAAUCCACUUGGCAAAACACAUGGUGGGCCAAAGGAUGAAGAGAGGCAUGUUGGCGACCUGGGCAACGUGACUGCCGGCAAAGAUGGGAUGGCUCACGUGCACAUCGAAGACGCUAUGAUUGCCCUCUCGGGAGACCAUUCCAUCAUUGGCCGCACUAUGGUGGUCCAUGAAAAACCAGAUGACUUGGGCAAAGGUGAAAAUGAUGAAAGUAAAAAGACGGGAAAUGCUGGAAGUCGUUUGGCUUGUGGUGUCAUUGGGAUCGCCCAGUAAACAUUCCCUAGGACAAGGUCUGAGUCCUAGUAACUCAUCUGUUGUUCCCUUGCUAGUUGUAGAAAUUUAACUUGAUAAACAUUAAACACUGUACCCUUAAAAGUA